AUGAAAUUCGUGGCGUGGGUGAGAAUAAAAUAAGACUUCCUCGCACGCUCUCUGAGAAACCGGUUGCGACUGGGAAGAUUAGGAAGAGGAGAACUGUUGAUCGAUCUCUGAUCUAUCGCUAGGUAGAAGCUUACCGAUCGAUUUCCCAGGUACUCAACCGCGUCUCUUUGUCGGGUUCCUGUUCUUGUUGAUCUCGUUGUGGAGUAGUUCACGGAUGGGAAUCCCUUCGUUUUAUCUGCGGAGGUUUUGGUGCUAAAGUUGCUGGUUCGUAAACUGGUGCAGUUAGAAAGGACUUCCCAAUGAUCUGCUGAUGCUAAGGGAGUAAAGCAUAAAGGCUGGAUCUGCAUCUCUUUGAUGUAGUUUCUUCGUUACCAAACUGACUCCUCAGCAGAGAAAUGAUUCAUUUUGGAGGAUAUUGAGAUUUAGAUUGUUAAAUUUUUGCUGGUACACAUCAUGAGUGACUCGACAACAAUGACCAUUGAGUUCCUUCGAGCUAGAUUACUAUCUGAGAGGACUGUUUCUAAAGCUGCGAAGGAAAAAGCUGACCAAUUAGCUAAAAGGGUCAUGGAAUUAGAGGAGCAACUUAGAAUUAUGAAUAUCCAGAGGAGGAAAGCGGAACAGGCAGCAAUGGAGGCUGUCUCCAUUCUAGAAACUAAUGGGAUUAAUGAUCUCUCUGAUGCAAUCGAUUCUAGCUCUGACAAAGAUGAAAGUCCCAUUGCUGAGAGAGGGUGUGAGGAAGACUUUGGAGAAAGUGAAGUAUGUACAAAGGCAAAUGAAGAGAGGAUUGUUGUUGGAGAUACACAAUCAAAUUCUUACCUCGAAGAUUCAUCCUCUCAAGUUGGGAGCUUGUCAUGGAAAAGCCAUAGUAGCAGCCCAGAUUCUUCUAGAAAGACCAAAGGAAAGCAGGACAGGCCGAGACAAAGGCGAAAUAGUUUUACAUCAUAUGUCGAAUCUUCUCCAAAAUAUAACUUGGGAAAGUCAUGCCGAAGAAUAAAACGGAAAGAAGUGGGAUCAUCCGCAGAGAUGAGAGAUGAUUAUGCAAUUAACAGUGAUGACUUAGCUAACUUAUCUGUGAAAGUUUCUGGAAGUCUGACAUCUUUGGCAAGUUUGGAAAAGAAAGAAGCUGAUGGAAUUGGGAAUGAGAGAGAUGAAGAAAUGGAAAGAGUUUUGGAGCAGCAAGCUCAGCUGAUAGGUCAGUUUGAGGCAGAAGAAAAAGCUCAACAAGAAUGGGAGAAGAAAUACAAUGAGAAUAAAAGCUCAAAUCUGGACCUCUCCAAAUCUGAGAUACUGUGUCGUGUCACUGAGAUCAAUGCUGAACCCCAGAAAGAUGCAUUUGCAUGUUUUGAGAAAAUAGCAUAUGAAAACUACCAAGCAAAAUCAGAUGGUAUUGUGAUUCUCCCUGGGAGCCAAGAACUUGAAUGCCCAUCUAAAAAUCCCGUGCUCGACAUAUCAAAUUGUGUACAACCUCCUAAUACAUCAGAUGGUGAACAUCCUGCGGGUAAUACAUUAAAUGAUGAACAUUCAGGAAAUAUUGACAACAGGCUCAAAGGAAAAGGUUAUGAAUUAAAUGCCUUCCUGCCUACUGAGCUAUCUGGAACUCAAAGUAGAAGUAACUUUAUGGCUAGUGCUGAUGGCUCAGUGGCUCAAAUAGGUCAACAUGUGGAAGUUAGUGACAUUGAGGCCUGUUUUGUCGAGAUUGCAUUUCCAACCCAAGUAAGCACUAUGUCUGGUUCUUUUCAUAAGAAGAGUGAUAUUCUAGUACAUGAAACCUCUGACAGUGGAUCUAGUAAUAACAAUGAUAUACUUGCACAAAGCCAUAUUGAUUCACUACCAAUUGGAAGCAAUUCUGCCACUAAUUCCUGGAAAGAGAUACAAAAAUGGCCAUUAUCAAGCACUCAAGAACCAUCUUACACAAAACCAUAUCAAUCAACCAGCAACAACCUCGGAGGAGUCCUGGAAGCUCUUCACCAAGCCAAGAUGUCCUUAAAACAAGAUCUCCAUAAAUUGCCUUUGCCAGGUCAAGGCAUCAAGGCAACUUUUCCAUCAGCAAGCACUAGCCAUACUAGGACAAAUAUACUUGGUGAAAGUUUGAAAGGUCCAAGCAGUUCUUCCAGCUUAUUCAGACUACCGACUGAUAUUUUUCCUCAGGCACAGAGCUCAGGGAGUGACUUUUACAGUUCAGGAGUAAGUUUGGCAGCCAGCUAUCCACUCCCUGGAUGUGCCAUCACCGCAGGUGAUGAUGAUCACACAGCGAUUCCUUAUUUUGAAGCUGGGCCCAAGAAUUCCAUGACUAAAUUUGAUAUUGGUAAUUACCAUCCAGUUAUAGGCAUUCCUGCUUCUACCAGGAGUACCUUACCUUACUCAUACUUGAAAGCAGACCAGAUACCCUUCUCAAAUGGAACUGGUGUUCCUUCUGGAGGACAGAACUUUAACAGUUAUCCUCGAGCCAGGGAACUUCCUCUUUUCAGCCGACAUUCCCUGCCAUCAAACCCGAUUAGAGAUGGAACAACGUUCCAUAGUAGAUCUGCAAGCUCAGUGCACCGGCAAUAUUUUGAACACUUUGGCAUUGAAGAGCCUUCUCAAAGUAGAUAUUCCCUUCCAUACUCGGACUUGACAAGAGGGGGAACAACUCUUCAUGACAGGGUUUCGAGGCCUCAAACAGAUGCAAGAAACCAAAUGCGUCCUCAAGAUCAGUACUCCUUGUAUGGUGGUAACGGGGCACAAUCCAGUAUGCGAACUCUGUAGUAUAGUUUAAAAUGUCUGAUCAUUAGGAGGAUUUGUUCUUAUUAUGAUAUUAAGUUAUGACCUUUGAUGUGAAACCAUAGUGUCUAUUUUGCCCUAGAAGGUGCCAAAACAAAAUUAUUCGAAGGCUGUGGCGUGCUUAAGUGUUGUAACAUUUUGUUA